CUGUACAUCUUCCCUUCGCUCUGUCUCCAUGUCAGACUCGACCAUUGCCUCCUCUCAAUCUUCCAUUCUGCAUUCGUUAUUUCGGCUGACGUCAACACAGUCGUCUCUCACGAUAGUAGGGAAGAAGUCGGUGGUUACAAUGGCGCUUAUUCAUCUGUCCGUCCACUGUCAUUGAGGCUUCGCAUAUACACUGUGACGGAGGGUGGACGGCAGGAGUUUCGUCAUCAGUUAGCACAUUGUGAUGGCGGAGACAAAGGCAGCGGUGGCGGUGUCGGUGUCAGUGGCGAUGGCGAUGGCGAUAAUGUGGUCAGACCUAAUUACGGUGACAGCACUGGUGUAAAGCGAACAGGCGACGAUGCUACAGGAGUUGACAAUGUGGAGAGGGGAAUGAAUGUGGCUCCCGCACAUUAUUCCUCCUCCUCUUCUUCAUUUGGUGGAUCAAGUAGCUGUGUCUCGUCUGCUGUCGUUGUCAUCACUUUCCUCAAUCCCAUGCUCACCGACUCAUCUCCAACUCCUCUGUAUCACCCAACUACCAGUGCAUUGACCGUUUGA